GAAUUCCCGUUUUAUUCCCUUCGCAACUUGAAGUAAGGCGAGUGUUGUAAGAUCGUAAUUUUCACGGAAAUCUCAAACUUAAAUAUGCUAGCUUUGUACUAUUUAGUAAGCACACUUCUCGCAGCGUCUAACGCCCAGGAUUGCGGCUGUAACAUGGAGUACGAUCCUAUUUGUGCGUCUGACAACCAAAUAUACCGAAAUCGGUGUCAUUUUCUCUGCGCUCAGGCCAAGGACGAUUCAUUGUACGCAGUAGCGAACAACGGAUGCAAGAAAACGUUUGAAUCUUAUCCAGGUGAGGUGUGUAUCUGCUCGCUGGGAUACAGCCCCGUUUGCGGCUCAGACGAACAGACUUACGCAAACCUUUGUGUGCUGAAAUGCCACCAAAGAACGAACAACUCUCUUAAAAUGGUAAAAGUAGGACCGUGCGAAAAUGGGUUAGCGGGCCCAGAACAUCACUGUCUCUGCAUGGAUGAGAACAUGCCAGUUUGUGGUACAGACGGUAUCACAUACCAAAACAAAUGCAGCCUACAAUGCACCAAAAUGACUAAUGGAGAUUUGGAAAUGCAUUACCGUGGGCCAUGCAGAAUUGUGAGGUUUCUAGGGAUGAACAAUAAAUACAACUACAGACGUUAAAUCUUAAUAAAAAAUUAAUUAUAAGGUUUAAUGCAAAUUUCCUCUACAACAAUUACAUUAUACAUUAAAUAAUAACAGCAUGUAAAAAAACUAUUAUUUAAUUGUAAAUAAAGACUGUUUUUAAAGAAA